UCAAAACCGAUACUCGCUGAGUGAAUCAUAACAGAAGAAGCCUUUCACGCAUUCGAGCUCUUCAGAAGAGUUAAUCAAAAAUAUAUCUCAGUAUACCAGUUAUUUCUAUUAUUUAACCGAUUUACUUUUGACAACAGGUGAGGAACUCAUUUUGCAAGUUUUAUUUGACCGACGACGAAAAAACUGGUGAGGAUGGCAGCAGACUGGGUUGGCUGUCUUGUUUCUAUUCACUGUGGACCAACUUUAGGAGUUUAUCAAGGAGAAGUAUCUAUAGUAGAUCAGACCAGCCAGACCAUCUCUCUCAGACACCCGUUUCACAAUGGAGUCAAGUGCACUGUACCUGAGGUCACCUUCAGUGCAAUGGACAUUAAAGAUCUGAAAAUCCUGGAGAUCCGUAGGAGCUACAAUGACAUCUCGAAACAAAAUGGUCCAGACUCCAACUCCACAUUGGCUCUGCAUAGUGGACGCAAGGAUAAGGGAGGCGGCGGCCCAGCCAGUAGUGCUCCGGUGAUGGUCCCUAAUAAAACUGAACCCAAAACCAUGGAAGGAGGGGUGUCUCCGGUGCCACAUUACUCAAAAAGUUACGGUGAACGUCACAUGGACAUGGCUGUCCAAAGUAAAGGCUUUAGACGAAGACACAACUCCUGGUCGUCUAGUUGCAGAGGUCCAAAUCAGGCCACACCAAAAAAGAACGGGUUGAAGAACGGAGGUCAUAUGAAGAACAAAGACGAUGAAUGUUUUGGAGACGGUAUUGACGAUGUUCCCGAUGAAGACUUUGAUUUUGAGGGGAACCUGGCACUGUUCGACAAGGCUGCGGUGUUCUCGCAGAUCGAUUCGUCGGAACGCAGAGGCAAUGGCGCGAGAUCUCGAGGAACGCCUGGAGAGCAAACGCCAUCACGAUACCGGCAUGACGAGAACAUCCUAGAGGCCAAACCCGUGGUCUACAGACAGAUCAUGGUUCCCCAGAAUGGAACAAAAGAAUAUAGCACUGACUCAGGGCUGGUGGUACCCAGCAUCUCUUUUGAGUUGCACAAGCGUUUAUUAGCUGCAGCAGAAAGUCAUGGUCUCUCUCUGGAGCGCAGGCUUGAGAUGACGGGCGUAUGUGCGAGUCAGAUGGCCCUCACUCUACUUGGAGGCCCGAACAGACUUACCCCAAAGAAUGUGCAUCAGCGGCCCACAGUGGCCCUGCUGUGUGGACCACAUGUCCAGGGCGCUCAGGGCAUCAGCUGUGGCCGUCACUUAGCCAACCAUGAAGUGGAGGUCAUCCUUUUUCUGCCAAACUUCGUCAAGAUGUUGGAGGCCAUCACCAGCGAACUUGCACUUUUUGGGAAGACGGGAGGCAAACUGGUUUCUAAUGUGAAAGACUUGCCCGAAACGCCAGUCGACCUGGUCAUAAACUGCCUGGAUUCGCAUGAAAACGGAUUCUUGAGGGAGCAGCCCUGGUACAAGGCCGCCGCCGACUGGGCCAAUCAGAACCGAGCCCCGGUCCUGAGCAUCGACCCUCCAGUAAGUGGACAAGCACAUGCUGUGGAAGCAAAAUGGUCGCUUUCCCUGGGCCUCCCACUGCCUCUGUCCGAGGGUGCCGGCCGAGUCUACCUGUGUGACAUCGGCAUUCCCCGACAGGUGUUCCAGGAGGUGGGCAUCAAAUACCACUCCCCCUUCGGAUGUAAAUUUGUCAUCCCGCUGCACUCCGAAUAAGCCGCUGACUUCCACGGUCAAGGCUCACUGAACCUGCCUUAAAUAUUUUAGGAAUGAACGUACCUCGGUUUGAAUGUUGCAGCAGAACUGGAACUUCUCAGUCUGUAUUUCUCAAGUUCUUCUGCGAUGAUUCCCAUUAAAGGGAAGUGACGGAAACGAUACCAGCUCUUGUGACAAACCUGAUAUGUUAAAAGCAGAACCAACAUCAGUAUACUCGCCAUCUGAUGCAGUCUAACAGUCUUACAAUAAUCUUUCAAACAGCCAUUUUAAUACACGGCUGAUUUUUUUUUUUUUUUUUUUUUUUUUUUUUUUUUUUUUGUCUCGUGGGCGGGGGUGAGAUAACUUUCAUAACCCAGUUAAACAGCAACAGGCUUACAUGUAAUGCAACUCAGUUGGUCUUAUGGCAUUUUUGAUUCUAAUUUUGUCAUCUAAAAUGGAAGAUUUAGCUUUUAGUUCGUAAUCGCAUAAGCUGACUUUAAUUUUUCCAGUAGAAAAUGUGCAUUAGAUGGGGUUUCGUCUUUUCUCCCAUUUUGUUUUCCUUUUUUUGUGCCAGAUUGAUCAAAGUCAGUGCUGAGGCAUUGAGAUUAUGGCAGUUUAUUGCAUGCAGAAUUUCUUACAAAGCGUUACCUGCUUUGUUGACCAAGCCCAGUGUGCUGUAAAUAUGGCAGAUUGACUGGGAUCUUAUCAGUGAUAAAGUGCUGCACACUUGAAUGGUAAGAUAAGUGUACUAAAAAAAAACUAGUGAUAUUGGUUGCAACUGGACCCGUACUGACCGUUUUAAGCAGUCGUUGGCCAAUACCACCGGUUUUCUCACGCUGAAAUUCAUUGCUGUGCUUUACCUCAUUUUCAUUAGUUUCAGUUCUCAGUGCUCAAAAAUAAGCAGCUUAUGAAAUCCUGUUUUAAAUGGGUUUCAUAUCGAGUCAGCAUGGCUUGUUUGGUUAGAUCAAACAAGGAUCUUUUAUUAAGAAAGAUGCUCCAUGUGUAAUAAACCUGCUUGCUGAAAUCGAUUUGUGAUUUUAUUACAGGUUGUAUUAUUAUGCGCACAAAUCCAUUACAAAGCAAAAAGUCAGUGUGUGCUGCACACUCGGUUCUUUUGGGUAAUGAAUGAGUUUUUCAAAAGCACUGAUGAGGAAAGUUGAAAUAUUUGUUUGAAUCUGCAUAUUGCCGUAUGCCUUCGGUUACAAUGAGAGGCACUUAUGACUCGCAAAACCUCUAUAAAAGAUCCGUAUGCAACAGUAAUGAACUUCAAAUUGUUUCAAAACAGACACCAGGAAAUAAUGUAUUGCUGUCUUCAGACAGACAUUUACUUUUUUACUAAAUGUUUUUUUUUAUUCAAGCUUAUUUUGUGAAUUUGCUUUACCUGAAUUUGACUCUUCUGAAUUUCUCCAAAAAUUUAGAUGAUUUUUUUUUUCUCCCCCAAGUGUUUUAUGUCUAUUUUCUGUUCAUAUGCCACAUUCUUGCUUUAAGCUUUUUUUUUUUUUUUUUUUUUACCUUUGGUUAAGCUAUGUACAAUCUAGGGGUGACCACAUUAAAGUUGACUGCUCCAGAUGUCAAUAUAUAUAUAUUUUUUUGGUCAUAAGUGUUUAGAUAAACUAGCAACAGACCUUACACAUCCCCUUUUCUCAGUUAUUGGGGAAAUAAUGAAUGAAAAUGUGAAUUUUGGGCUUUUUUUUUUUUUUUUUUUUUUUUUUCUUUCCACUGUUGAUGUUUUUGUCUGUAAGGUCAUUGAUGAAGCCUCUGGAGAGCCAUUUGGCUCCUUGAAAUUAGCUUUUGGGCUUAAAAACAAAGAUUGAAUGAGAGGCCGUUAUUAAAACAUUACUAAGUUAAUGAUGCUAAUGAGAUUGCACUGUCACCGAAUAGCAAAGGUCCAUCUUCUAGUGUAUAAAUACAGAUAGAAAAUUUAUAUCAAAUAAUACAGCAAAUCCAGCACUAAAAGAGCUAAAAAAAAAAUUUAAAAAAGGGUGCCAAAAUCACUUGCUGGUUUUAAUACUUGUUACUUGAGAUAUUACUGCUGUACAAUUUUUUUUCCCCCAUUUGGUUUGCAAAAAACGAACGAAACUAAACAUAUUGGUUAUAGUUGAUAACACAGAGCCCAGUCUUAAUAUUCAGUUGAAUAUUGUUUGAUAACCAAGCACUGCAUUCGCUCACAUGUAUGGUACAAUGCAGUUUGAUGUAAAUCAUUCCUCUGUAGGAGCUUGCUACAAAAAUCUGACCAAACUCUUUUUGAGCAACUUAAAGAAAAAAACUAAAACUAAAAAGUAAAAUGUGAAAGCGUUUUGUUAUCUGGUGACAUUCAUUCGUGUGUCUCCCCCACGGUGAAGUCAUCAAACAUGCCUCUGAAGGUUGGAGGGGGGUUUUGUUCGGUAUCAAAAGUUGAAAGCUACUCUUUGGUUUCUUUCCACAGGUUUCCAUUCUUAGCCUUUUCCUUCACAAAAGCAUGAGAUAAGGGUUGUUAGCGUCGCGUCAUUGGAUCCUUUAUCUCUGCACCUGUUGUAUAAGGCAAAACACGAUUCAGUGCUGAUUUAGACAACAACAUUGUUGCCAUUAAUUGUGAAUUAGUGACAUAUCUGUCCGGCAUAGUUCUGAUAUCACUGGAAAUUUUACAUGCUUAAACAUUGUCAACUUUGAGGAGUAAGGAUGGAAUAAAUAAAGAGAAUGGAAACGUA